AUGGAUCAACAGCAAGGUCAACCUGGCGUGCCUGGCCCUGCCGGCCGGCGGUUACACAUUGCUCACAGGCGAAGCCCGUCCGAGUUGACCCCCCUGAUGAUGGAACAACUGGCUAUUCAGCAACAAAUCGAGCUCCUCCAACAACAGCAACAGCAAAUACAAGCAACACAUCAGCAGUAUGUGAACAUGGGCAUGAUUCAGCCCCAGCAGCAGUUGCCCGCCUUGAAUGCCUUUGCUCCCGUGCAAGGUCAGGUGUCUGGUCUGUCUGCUCAUCCGGGCGCCUUCCAGUUCCCUCAGCUCUCGCAGCAACAAUUAGCCGUUCCUUUGAAUGCCCCAACCCAGCCCUCCUCUCAUCGACGUAAUCAGUCGGCACUCCCUAGUAUGAACAUGGGUGGUCCCCCACCGGCACCCUCGGCCGGUGCCUCUGGCUCAAUCUACAGCGACUACAAUCAGUCGGGUAAUACUGGCGGUCAAAACCGAGAGAGCAUGAGCCAACGCGGUGGUCGUGGUCCCCCCGGCGGCGGACAUCAACGCCGUCACUCUUUGGCGCUUCCGGAAGCCAAGAAGGCCGCCGAGCUUGCGCAGCAGAAACGAACGACGUCGGGAUUUCAAUUUCCCAUUCCUGGUGCCGGUGGUGCCACGUCGUCGAGCUCUGACCGCUCUGCGAGCCCCUCCACGACCGAAGACAAGUCGGCUCAGGGCCAGCAGCAGAGCCACGGAAAUCACAUCUCCUCUGGCAGUCUCUCGGCCCGGAGCGGCAACCGCAUGGUCAGUCACGGCCGAAGCCAGAGCAUGGCUGUCGGAAAUGGGCGCAGUUCCAUGCAGGGACGUGGUGCUGGAGGCUUUCAGUUUCCCUCGCCAUUGUCUCAGGACGCUUCUUCGGAGCAUUCCGACUUCCAGCGCCGAAGCAGCGGCCACGGACGCACCGCGUCUCGCAACUUUGAAGGCAACUGGCGUCAGCCCAACAAUAAUCAAAACCAGGCACCAGAGCCUCAGCCACCCAUGGGUAGCUUCAGCCAGCCUCAGACGGCGAGUUCCAGCGUUUUCCAGCCCGGCCACCGCACUCGGGCGUCAAUUGCUGGCCAGUCGAUUGGUUCUCUUGGAUCUUUCCAAUUUCCGGCCCAGCCUCAGCUUCUCCAGCUGCCCCAAGGACAGGUCGUGCUCGGACAGCCUCAGCUGUUUGCUGGUCAGCAAUUGAACCCGCUGCAGCUAGGCCAACUUCAGGCUCUGCAGGCGGCCCAGCUCACCGGACAGCAAGUGCCUGGACUGCAAUCAAGCCAGCAUUCCCAGUCGCAGCUUUCGCAACAACAGGCUCAGCAGCAGCGUAAGACGCUGUUCACUCCUUACUUGCCCCAGGCAUCGCUGCCGGCCUUGCUCAGUGACGGUCAGCUCGUCGCCGGUGUCUUGCGAGUGAACAAGAAGAACCGGAGCGACGCAUAUGUUACUACUCCGGACCUCGAUGCUGACAUCUUCAUCUGCGGUAGCAAAGACCGCAAUCGAGCUCUGGUCGAUGACCUUGUCGCCGUCGAGCUCCUGGAUGUCGAUGAAGUCUGGAGCCAAAAGCGUGAAAAGGAGGAGAAGAAGAGACGCAAGGACGUUUCCGAGUCACGCUCUGGUGGUGAUAAGCCGGGAAGAAGCGACUCGCUCAGUGCCGAUGGCCAAAGUGCCAUGGAUGGUGGCAUCAAGAGAAGAGGCAGUUUGAGGCAGCGUCCCACCCAGAAGAAGAAUGAUGAUGUCGAAGUCGAGGGGCAAAGCCUUUUGCUCAUGGAGGAGGAAGAGGUGAAUGAUGAGCAGAAGCCGCUCUAUGCCGGACAUGUCGUCGCCGUCAUCGAGCGUAUCGCAGGACAAAUGUUUUCUGGUACUCUUGGUCUUUUGCGUCCUAGUAGCCAAGCUACAAAGGAGAAGCAAGAAGCCGAGCGUCAGGCUCGUGAGGGAUCGGGACGUUCGGCGCCUGACCGGCACCAAGAGAAGCCAAAGAUUGUCUGGUUCAAGCCCACUGACAAGCGUGUUCCCCUGAUCGCCAUCCCUACAGAGCAAGCUCCUCGCGACUUUGUAGAGAAGCACCAAGAAUAUGCUAAUCGCAUAUUUGUUGCCUGCAUCAAGCGUUGGCCAAUCACUUCUCUCCACCCGUUUGGCACGUUGGUGGAGCAACUAGGUGAGAUGGGCAACCUGAAGGUCGAGACUGACGCUCUCCUCCGCGAUAACAACUUUGGUCCGGACGAGUUUGCUGAGGCGGUCCUCAAAGACGUCGGCCAUGAAAACUGGUCUGUCGCUGCUGAGGAUGAAUCUGUUGUGUCAGCCCGCAAGGAUCUUCGAGAAGAGAAGACCUUCACCAUCGAUCCUAAUGGAGCCCAGCAACUUGACAAUGCCAUUCAUGUAAAGACGCUCGGAGAUGGUAGAGUGGAGAUUGGUGUACACGUUGCUGAUGUGGCUCACUUCAUCAAACGUAACUCCCUUGUCGAUCGCGAGGCGAAGAAGCGAGGCACCGGUGUUUAUCUCGUGAAUCGCGCUGUCAGCAUGCUUCCACCGAGAUUGGCAUCUGACCUCUGUUCCUUGAGCCCUGGCCAAGAGAGGUUCACCGUCAGCGUGAUUUUUAAAGCUGACCCCCGAACUGGUCAUGUCUUUGAGGACGAGACUUGGGUGGGAAAGUCCAUUAUCAAGAGUUCAGGAAAGCUCUCAUACGACGAGGUCGACGCCGUCUUGACCGAUUCUUCUUCUGUCUCCCUCGAUCAGACCGCUGUCAAUGACGUCAAGUUGCUAUAUGGUCUGACUCGGAAGUUCCGUGAGGCCAGGUUUGGCUCACGGUCGGACGACAUCCCGCCGCUUCGUCUCCUCUACCAGCUUGACGAUGAGAACGUCCCGGUGGAGCAGAACGUCUUCGACGCUACGCCAUCGCAUGAGCUCAUCGAAGAGCUCAGCCACAAGGCCAAUGCAUUUGUGGCUAAGAAGCUUGCAGCAGCCCUCCCAGGAAAGGCCUUCCUCCGUCGCCAAGCGGCUCCCAACUCGCGCCGUCUGCAAACCUUUGCAGAGCGAAUGACAAAUAUUGGAUAUGACAUCGACACCAGCAGCAGCGGCUCGAUUCAGGCUAGCCUAUUCAAUGUCGAAGACCAAUCUAUUCGCAAGGGUAUGGAGACACUCCUGGUCAAGACCAUGUCCCGCGCCAAGUAUUUUGUUGCUGGAAAGCUUUCCGAGCAGCAGUACGCUCACUUUGCCUUGAAUCUGCCAUUGUACACUCACUUCACCAACCCAACUCGCCGAUAUGCAGACAUUGUUGUCCACCGCCAGCUGGAGGCUAUUCUUUCAAAUGCGGCAAUCGAAAUCGCAGACGACAUUGAAUCUCUUGUUAAGAUUGCUGAGCACUGCAACAACAAGAAGGACUCGGCGCAGAUUGCGCAGGAGCAGAGUGUACACAUUGAGUCGUGCAGAGCAUUGGACAGGAAACGGCAGCAGCUUGGUGGCGAUCUCACUAGCGAAGGUAUCGUCAUUUCUGUCUACGAGUCGGCCUUUGACGUCCUCAUUCCCGAGUACGGAUUCGAGAAGCGUGUGCACUGCGACCAGCUUCCGCUCAAGAAGGCCGAGUUUGACAAGCACAAGCGAAUCCUCGAGCUCUACUGGGAGAAGGACAUUCCGUCUUCAGCCUACAUUCCAGAGGACGAGCGUCCUCCGGCGGGAUCCGUUCGCGGUUCGAAUGCUGCGGCCGCGGCGGCCGCGGCUCGUGAAGCCGAAGCGGCGAAGAAGCGCGCCAAGGAAAAUGAGGAGGCGCAGCGAAAGCAGAUGGACACUGGCACAAUGUCCACUGACGAUGUCGAUGCUCUCUUUGAUGACGAUGAGGACGUGGCUUCUGAAAUUACUGAGAUGGCUGCUGGUGUUUCGCUCAACCCCACUGCUGGCUCUGAGCGCCCGACUCAGAGCAUGCCUCCGUCUCCGACUCGGACCACGGCUUCAUCCGAACAGGGUCCUCACCGCACUAGAUCUGACCCGAAGCUUGCCUCUAGCGCUACCGAGGCUCCCGAGGGCAAGCUGACCGACAAGGAGAAGUAUAUGAAGCUAUUUGCUCUCCGCCAGGAAAACGGCGAGUACAUUCAAGAUGUCAGGGAGAUGACCAGAGUGCCAAUCAUCUUGAAGACGGACCUUUCGAAGAGUCCUCCCUGCCUUACUAUUCGCUCCGUCAACCCAUAUGCGCUAUAG